AUGUCAUGGAUCUCAUGGGCGUCGCUGGUGCCUACGCUUCUCGUCUGCUCGGCCACGCUCGCCUGGUGGUUCACCGAGCCUAAGAACGCACGAAUCAACCUCAUCGCCGCUGUCGGCGUCGUGCUCUUUGGCUGGGCGGUCGCGCCCGACCUGUCCCGCGGCCUGUCCUCGUCUCUAUACAUGCUGUGUGUGAAGUUGGUCGCCGCCUUGCAUCUCGACCUGCUGGUUGCUAAGCGUGCCGACAUGCUGUUGACGGGCGCCGCCGUUGCAUGGUACCUUCUUGCUGAACAGAAUUGCGCGCGUGUCUGCAGGCUAGUGCGAAGGGCAUGGCAGACGCUGUGGAAACCCGUACCCGAGCUCAUCAGCAUCCUGGGUGUCGACGUCCCCGACCCGCCAGAUGUCUCGCUGGCGGGCAUCCGAGCCGAUGCGGCCACGGUGAACUGGUCGCGCCCUCCGGCGAACCGUUCGGUCCAAAAGUUCUUGAUUCAGGUCAACGGAGUAGUCGUGGGGGAAGUUGCUGCGAACCAGGAGCCGGCAAUUGUUGUCAGUGGCCUGAAGCCUAAUCACUUCUACAACGUGCGCGUGAUCGCGGUGGGCUCCAACAACUUUCAAUCGGGGAGUCGAGUCAUCCGUCUGCGCACGUUUGGCCGCGACGGGCGGCCCCAGCUCGGAAACUCUCGGCUUCCGUCUAACUUUAUGGCAGAGGAGCCCCAUGCCUCGGCCCAGGGAGAAUACACAGACGACAAUGGAGUGCUACGGAACUCGUUCCCGGCACUCGAAACAGCUGCGCCUCCAGAUGUCGUUGCGUCGCCGGCUCGAGACGGAUCCGCUGCUGCCGGGUCCGGGCCGCGCCGUAACACCGUUACACGGCGCCACUCGCCGUCAACCACAAGCAUCGACCAACCGGCACAGACGCGGGACGAGAUAAACGCCAAUGCCAAGAAAACGCUGCCGGAAUUGACGGAAAGGUUCGAGUGCAUUCGACACGAAACGGAUGACGUGGUAUCUCUUAUCGCAAAGGAGGAGGCCGACAAUAGGCGGCUACUUGAAGAGCUCGAAGCCGAGAAACGGGAGAAGAAGAAGGAGCAGAAGAAGAAGGAGGAGCAGACAGAGAAGCUCAAGAGAGAUGUCAACUCCACCGACCGGUCAAUGCGUAACGCAAUGCAGCGUAAGGCACAGAGGGAGAAGUCUUUGAAAGAGAAGCAGCAAGAGCGGUCCAAGUACCACGACAACAUCACCAAAUGGGAGAGAGCUAUGGAGGACAUGCAGCGAGAGCGCGAGAGUUUUGACCAGCAGAUGCGAGAUCUCGAAGGGGAACGGGACGAGAAAGCUGAACGUUUUCGUGUAGAGAACGGCGACCUGCAUGCCGAAUGCUCGCGUCUAGAAACCGAACUGAAGGAGAGGAGGGAGCAGGUUAAAGUGUUGGAAGAAGCCCGGAAGAAGUUGCCGGGCGGGGAAGAGGAUGACGAAUGGCGCGAGAAAGAGACCGAGAUGAGGCGCGACUGGCAGCGGAGGCAUAGGGAGCUCCACGAGAGCUUCACGCUGGAGUCGAAACGUGCGAGGAGCCUCGACGAGCAGCUUCGCGUCCUCAGCAUGCAGGUGCAACACAUCCCCCAGUCGGGCUAUGGCAUGUAUAACCAGCCAAACUCGUCUGGCGUGGAAUUCGACAACAAUCCGGCUCUCAGCCAGUUCAAAAGACGGAGCCGGAAUAGCAACUCCCUCUCUAGUGUUUCGAUUUCAUCGCCUUUGCCAGCAUACUCUCAGAUUGAUCCAGCCGCGUCUGGCAUCCCUCCCGGAUUUGCCAGCUCACGGUCCGCAAAUGCGCCUCCGGGAUUUGCGCCUGGACCAUUCAUGAGUCUGGCGGCAGAGAUGCCGCAACGGCUCGAUGAAGCUGGUAUCAGAGGGGCGUCGGCUCCCCUUAGUCCAACGGCCACCAUGCUUCUCCCAUCUAACAUUUUGGACGACAUGGAUUUUGACGAUCCGAGUCCCAUCUCUAAAUAUGGCCCCGACCCAUUUUUCCCGCAUAACAAUAACUCACCCCAGCACGAUCCUCAGUCGCCCGCGUCGUCGGGCAGAUCGAUGAGCAUCCUCUCGAGCCCUCGGGGAUCCUCGCAGAACCUCCCUUUCCCUCCAUUUUCGAGCGACGCCAUGGAUAGGCACUCGCUCAAUGCCACGGUCACGGUGUCGCCACCAACGACAGAGGCGUCUACCAACAAACUUGGCAGCCUUUUCUCCUUCCAGCGAUCCAGACCUGCUAAAGAAGUUAUAGAGAAGGAAGGCCCCCUGCUGGGAAGUCUGAAGCAGGGACAGAGCCAGUCAUUCCCUAGGCAGACGGAUGAGCCCGACGCUCUGACUAACAAGCGUCGUAUCAGCCUGUCUGGCACGUGGAACAUGUUCAACCGGAACUCGGCCGGGCCGGACAUCAUGGAAGGACACGCGACGAAUCUGCGCAUGUUUUCGGCGAGGAGCUUAAACCCCUUUUCGAGCUCCCACCGGGCUGCUGGGGGUAUCUACGCCGAGCGUGACUCUAGUAGCCCCCGGCCUGCCAGCAUUGCGUCCUCGGACUUCCCGCGGCCUUCUACGGAUUCGAGCUCGAUCUGGGGACCCCCCGGAGACGUAUCCCAGCUUGGGAAACAACCUCGUCUGUGGUCGCCGGACGUACCCUGGUCCCGAAAUCCAUCCCGUCGGCCAUCUCUCCAUGGGUCGCCGUCUGCACUGAAGACAACCCUGGCAUCCGCAGACGACGAAAUAUUGGACGAUGAUAACAUGUCCAAUGUCAAUAAUGUUGGAGUCAUCGGAAGCCGGCCGCCUCAGCAUUCGUCCAAAGCGGCUCUUGCACGCCUGAACCCAAAUGCGCCAGCAUUUAUUGGCUCGCUGUUUAAAUCAAAGCCCGAGAAGGAAAGAGAGGGCAAGGACAAGAGCAAGGCGAAGGACAAGUCUAAGGACAAGGGUAAAGACUCGAAAGACAAGGCCAAGGGCAAAGAGGCGGCGACGCCCGACACCCCGAACGGUUUCACCUUUGAGAUUGAUUCGCCCACGGAGUCGCGACAAUCCCGUGACGGAUUCUCGGUACAUACGCAGACUUCGGUCUCGGAGUCACGCGACUCGCUGUCUCUUGACCAAUCCUUUUCCAACACGCCGUCGGAGCCGGCUAGCACCGGGCUCUCGGCGAAUGUCAAAGACGAGAACGUUGUUCGCAAGCUGUUCCGCAAGAGCAGUUCUAGCAAGUUCAGCCUUCCCGGGCGACUUGGCGGCAAGGACUCGAGCCUGUUUAAGAAGGGCCCGGGCAGCACGGCCAGCGGCGGCGCUUCUGACAAAGGGGCCUCUCUUGACCGGUCUAGCCUCGGCGACUUUGACGACAUUGGCGACGAAGCGUAUAAUACCAGCUUCUCGGGCCGCGGCUACGACAGCGUCACAAGCAGCCCCAGCCUCGCGGCCGUGACGAGCGUCAAGAGCAAGGACAGCGCCAAGACGCCGGUACGCUGGCUGAGUACGUUUGGCAAGAAGGGCAAGAAGGAAAAGGAGAGCCUGGACCUGGAGCGGGUGCAGACGUACGAGUCGGAGGACACUAGCGAGGACAUGUAUCGGAGCUAG